AUGGCUCUUGUGAAUGAUAAGCAUUCUCUGGAUGAAUCAAUAUCCAAAGACGUUGAAAACAAAUUCGAGAGCAUACUCUGGUCAAUGAUUCGGCUGGCUGAUGAGCGCCGGCGACAAGAUGAUACAGGCCACCCACAGUCCGCCACAUCUCUACCAACAAGAAUCACCUUUCCAUAUGCAAGGCAUUCGGCGUAUCCUGAACUGCGGCAUCUUAUUGAGACGUUUCGGCCAAAGGAUGUAUGGCCCAACACUGUGGACUUGUCCAAAUGGGCAGAGAGAGACACAUCUAUGCGCAGACUCUUCGGGACGUCUUGUUCAGGUACAGAAUUUCGGCAUGAUCUCUUGGUUCAUGAUGCAAUCCAAGAGCUGCGUCAAGAGCUGAGCCAAGAGCAUGGCUUUUCCCAAGGCAAUUCGGAUACUCAGACCACAUCCACACAGGGAUUUUCAAGUCCAUUCAAAUCCAAUGAACCACAUGGAGAAAGUCAAUAUACAAGAGACUUGGGAGCGCGCCAGUCUGCAGACGUUGACGCGAUGCCUGAUGCCGACGAAGAGAUUCCAUUGACGCGAAAGCGCUCACUUGACGCCCUGUACUCGGACGGGGAUACAACGCAAAACGACUCUCAAUCUCAAGUACAAGGCAAUGAGCCUCGCCGUCGGGCAUUCCAAUCCAUGAUUCAGAAUUUAAACAACGACACAUGGCAACCUAUUCAUUUGAUAUCAACCACGGAUCACCACAGCGAGUUGGAGGCAGAAUUGGGUCAACCAUGA